CAUACUACGUUUUCGAAAAAGUACUAUACAACUCUAAAAUUUUUGUCAGUGUACUCUAAGUGAAAUUUUUCAUGCUGCACGCCCUGUAUUAAAAACGUCAAUAUGGGUAGUAACUUCACUUUAACCAAAUGACAGGUGUCAAGUGCGAUGCCAUUUUGAAUAACGAACACUAAGAAAUGGAAAAGUUUAUAACAAUCACGAGGAAAAGAAAAGAAGAAACUUCUGCAAAUACCGAAGGAGGGAUUGAACGAGACGCUGCCGCUGAGGAAUACGUAGAGCGAUCUAAAACAAAGAGGAGAUCUUUUAACGCACAUUGGGGAGAUGAUGAAGAAUUUAAGAAGUGGUUAAUAACAGGAGCGCACGGCUUACCGCGUUGUAAAGUAUGUGGCGUCGAUCUUAAAGCAUCUGGAGGAAAAAAGGAUUUAACUGCGCAUGCAAAGACCACCAAACAUAUUGAAAAUUCAAAUGCAGUUAAUAUACACAAGGGAAGCAAAGAAAUUAUAGAAGGCAUUCCGCGAGCAACGUUUUUUGCUGAAAUAAAAGUUGCGGCUUUUUGUGCAGAGCAUAAUAUAGCCUUCACCAGCAUGGAUCAUCUUUCACCUCUUAUAAAUAACACAUUUUUAGAGUCGAAAGCGGCACAAAACUUCGCUUGUCGGCGUACAAAAACAACAGCUUUAAUAAAAAAUGUACUGGGGAAAUCACAGCUGGACCACCUUCUGCAAAAUAUGCGUUGUAAACAUUUUUCUUUGUGCGCAGAUGAGUCUACGGACAUAUCGACAUCAAAAUUAUUGUGCUUAGUUGUGAAAAUUGAAGAAAAUGGUAAUGUACAAGAUUUUUUUCUGACAUGUUUGAAAAUCACUAAAGCCAACGCGGAAAGUAUAUAUGACUCAAUAGUUAAAUUUUUUAAUGAAAAUAAUGUUGACUAUAAGAAAUGGUUAUUAGGCUUUGCUGCUGACGGGGCUAGUGUGAUGACUGGUGGAAAACACUCAGUCGCCACAUUAUUAAAAAAAGAUUGCCCACAUCUGUUUGUUAUGAAAUGCACCUGCCAUUCUUUAGCCUUAUGUUCAAGUAAAGCAUGUGCACAGCUACCUUUAGAGGUAGAAAGUACGGUUAGGGAUAUUUACAAUUUCAUAGCUAACAGUCCAAAACGAAUACAUAUAUUUUCAUCUUUGCAAGAGCUUUUUGACUUAAAACCUCUAAAAUUGUUGCAUCCGAAUCAAACCCGUUGGCUCUCUUUAGAAGCAGCAGUCGUAAGAGUACUCGAUCAGUUAGAUAUAAUUCAACUUUUUUGCCUUCACGAGGAAGUUGAAAAAUUUCAGGCAACUUUAAGAAUUCUUGAGAAUUUACGCAAACCAUUAUUUAAAGUAUACUUGACGUUUCUUAAGUACAUUUUGAAGGAAAUCAAUAAACUUAACAAAUUAUUCCAAAGUGAGUCACCGAAAAUUCAUUGUCUUAACGAAGAACUAAAUAAUCUCUUUAUGAAAUUCUUAGAUUCUUUUAUAUAUAUUGAAAAUAUUGACUUACUAUCUCUGCGGCGUUUAUAUAAUAACUCGGAAUAUAUAAAGCCAGUAAAUGAAUUAUAUUUUGGAGCUGACACAGAAUUGUUAUUUAACGAUUUGAGCUCAGCACAAAAAUUAGAAUUCUCACAUAAUGCGUUAAAUUUUUAUGUGGUUUUGUGUAAUGAGAUGCUUUGCCGAUUCGAUUUCACUGAUAAAACCUUGAAAGGAGUGGAAAUGUUGUCUCCUAAAAAUGUUAUAAGUAAAAAGCAUUCGUCAAUUAUAAGUAUAUUUCAACACUUUCCAACUCUCAAAGUGAAUAACAUUCAAGAUUUAGAUUCUGAAUGGAGAGAACUACGAACUUUUGAUUUCAAAAAUCGUGACUUAUCUGAAGCGACAGAUAUAGAGACAUUCUGGAAAGUAAUUUUAAAUUCAAAAAGAAUGGAUGACUCGCCUUCCUUUCCAUUAUUACAAAAAUUAAUUUGGUCUGUUUUAACAGUACCUGUAUCAACGGCUAACGUCGAGAGAAUAUUUUCCCAAGUCAAUUUAAACAAAACAUCGAUUAGAAACAAACUAGAUGUGGAAACAUUAAACGGAAUUUUAUAUACAAAAGAUUAUUUAAAAAGAAACCAGAUCAAUUGCCACAAUAUGCCAUUUGAUAUUAAUUUGCUUUCAUAUAUUAAAAACGACAUAUACUCUAAUUGAUAGAUUAAGUCAUUUUCUACGUGAAUAUGUAUACAUAAAUCGGUCGUUUUCUUUUUUUUUAAUAUAUUGUUUAUUUUUACAGUAUGGAAACUAAUUUAAACACGUAACAAUCUAGCUAGUUUAGCUCUUUUAUUUUUAUAUAUGCAUACAUUAGUACAUAUGAAAUCCAUACAUACGUUUAUACAUUUGUAUCUGAUAAGUAUACGAUUUAAAUUAUAAAAACUUGAAAAUAUACCAAUAUCAUUUCAUUUUCAUGGGUUCAUGGGAAGUGAAGAUUUUUGGCUGUGAAGAAGAUUUUGUUUUCAUUAAAAUCUUCAAAUGAAGAUUUUUUUUUGACAAAAAUGAAUAUUUUUC